AUGGAGAUCGAUAAGAUCUCCGAAUGGUUAUCAUAUCUUGGCUGUGUCCUUGUGGUGUUCGUUGAGCCGUUGCUCUGCUCGAUUGGCUUCCUCUUAAAUUGCGCCUGCGUUUUCGUCUUUAUAUCCGUAUCGAACAAUGCGUAUUUCCGAAAAACCUCAUUGCUCACAUACUUGGUGGCGCUUUCAAUCUGUAAUGGUUUACAGCUACUCCUUUCACUAUUUGUAAUCGUUUUACCAGCAAUCGAACAGUUUGUCUCAAUCACGUCAGAGGAUUUGAUGAGAAAUCUAUUGAAGAUUUCCUCGUUCUCGGUUCGUUAUGGCUAUCCACUUUUAUUGACGGUUAACUAUGCUGCAAUUUGGCUUCUCACAUUGAUUUGUGCGCAGAGAUUUCAGGCAAUUUGCCAUCCAUCAAGCCCAUGGAAGAAGCGACUCUCAGCGAUCCGAAAUGCCCGUCUUGCUGUGAUUAUUGUUAUUCUUUUAGCAAUAGGUUUAAAUAUCAUCCGGUUCUGGGAGUUCAAGUACAACGAAGAGGAUAGGGUGGUGACCACUGAGUUAAGAGAGCAUUUGCUGUACAAAUUGAUUCAGGAGGGAGUUGUGUAUGGAAUGAUCGUUUAUGGUCUCCCAGCUGGGCUUCUUCUCUGGCUGAAUGGGAAUAUUUUGGCAUUGCUUAAAAAGGAUAAGCCAAUCGCUUCUUCAACUCGACGUGAUUCGGAGACUCGUGCUGCGCAUCUCACCGUCUGUGUGUUUCUCUUUUUCUUCCUCUGCUCAACACUUUCUGCCUCAAUUCGUCUUUUCAUGAUCGUUGCUGGAGAUGUGGUUGAAUCGUGGUAUUGGCUAGUCGAUCUUUCCAAUCUUCUCAUGAAUAUUUUUGCGCUUAUCACACCGAUUCUUUGCUAUAUUUUCACAAGGGGAUUCAAGGAUCUCUUCUUUGUCAUCCGUCAACCAAAAGCCAAAGACGCAUUGGUGCCAUAUUUGGAGGAUGUAAGCGAUCGACGGCAGAGUCAUUUGUUGCUUCAGAAUUCCUCGAAUUCUCCUCAUCAUACAGCACAACUUGUU